AAACGAUGACUGUUCUUUCCAUCCUCCUCUUGCUGGCUCUAACAGAUGCAUCCGGAGGUCUGUUCUGGAGAAAGUACAUUCAUCAGGACCAGUCUUUAUCCUGGACUGAAGCGCAGACAUUCUGCAGAGACAAUCAUGUAGAUCUGGCAAUUUUUAACACACAAUGGGAAUUCGAAAGUUUCUGUAAUCAAACAAUGAGUCAUAAAGGUGAUGAACGCUGGAUCGGCCUUAGAAAAAAAACAGGUGAGAACAGUUAUACACAGUGGUCUAAUGGAGAUGUACUGAAUUUCUCAAAUUGGAGAUCAGGAAGACCUGACCACAUCAGCACUGAAGACUGUGUGUUUACUAAAGGUUAUGAAUGGGACGAUGCACAAUGCACAAAGACCGAAAAAUUUUUCUGUUACCUUUGGGCACCUGAGAUGAUUGUGGUGCAGGAGAUGAAGAACUGGGAUGAGGCUCUGGCACACUGCAGAACGCACUACACUGACCUGGUGAGUCUCACCACGGAGACAGAUCACUUUCUGAUCAACAACAGGACAAGAGAAAUUCUAACACCAACGUUCUGGACUGGUCUACGCUUCAUGGAUGGUUCAUGGUUCUGGGCGAACCAGGAGUCUCUGUUGACUCCGUCUUCAUUGCCUCUAUGCCCCGCCAAGCCUUACCAGUGUGGGGCGCGAAACAUUAUUGACGGUGUCUGGGAGAACAGAGACUGUGAGGAGAAAAUGAAGUUCAUUUGCUACCACAACAUUUAAGUUCAUGAAUUCACUCCUUAUAAGAUGAAGAGGUUCACUGCGAUCGAGACGAUGAAGAAGCAAAGAGCUGAGAUUCCGAGAAGAUUAACAUCAAUGAACAGGAUACAAUAUUGUAUUGUAAACUGAAUUAUUACGUUUGAAUUGUUACUCCAAUACUCAAUAUUUACUCCAAUAUUUGCUUUCUAU